AUGUCCCAAUUAAGCUAUGCCCGCUAUGGGAAAGACAAUGUCCGCCUCUACAAAGUUCACCGCAACGCCGACGGGACGCAGGAUGUAACGGAAAUGACAGUGUGCACCCUGCUCGAGGGCGACAUUUCAGAUUCCUGGACUCGUGCCGAUAACGCCAACAUCGUCGCCACGGACACGCAGAAGCAGACAGUCUACGUCAAGGCCAAGCAGCAUCCUGUCAACCCUCCCGAGCUGUUCGCAUCCAUACUUGGAUCGCACUUCAUCGAGCAGUACUCGCACAUCCACGUAGCACAUGUAAGCUUGAUUGUACACCGCUGGACACGCAUGGAAGUGGACGGUCAGCCCCACCCGCAUUCUUUCCUCCGAGACGGCGCGGAGACAAGGGUUGUGGAGGCUGUUGUCAGGCGAGGAAAGGGAAUUAGCAUUCGCAGCGGGAUAAAGGGACUUCUGGUCCUCAAGAGCACUGGCAGCCAAUUCCACAGUUUCCACCGAGAUGAGUUUACUCGCCUGCCGGAAGUCUGGGAUCGUAUCCUCAGCACGGAAGUUGAGGCAGGCUGGAAUUGGCAGCAGUUCGCAGAUGUUGCGGAGGUGGAAAAGGAGCAGGGCAAGUUCGAUGCAGCAUGGAAAGAUGCACGGAAGAUCACCCUCGAGACCUUUGCCAAGCAGGACUCUCCGAGUGUGCAGAACACAAUGUACUUGAUGGGCGAGCAGAUUCUUGAAGCGGCGCCUAGUGUUGAAACCGUGGAGUAUARCUUGCCUAACAAGCACUACUUCGAAGUCGACCUCAGCUGGUACAAGGGGUUGAAGAACACUGGAGCAGAUGCCGAAGUGUAUGCUCCUCAGACCGACCCGAACGGCCUUAUUCAGUGUACCAUUGCGAGAAAGGGUGUUAUUCCAAAGCUAUGA